CGUUUUCAUUGCUGUUAGCCUCGGAACCGGAAGAGAUGUUGACUGGCCAUAAACCAGGUAAAUAGUCCACAGAGGAUGGAUGGAUCCUCUCCAUGCCUGACACAAUAAAAUGACAACAAACGUUGGACAACCGGAGCAAAGAUGAAACUACAGCCCUUAGCAAGGGCAUCGAGUUGUCGACAUCAAAGAGAGAGCCAGUAGCCAUGGAUGUGCUUAGCUCCAAAAACAACGAAAGUACCUUCCCAAGUUUAGGGGAUUUGGAUGACUUUCUCACCAAGCACAACUCUAACUUCAUAUGGCUCCUCGUGGCCACCAUUCUGUCCUGUGGAUGGAUCAUCUAUUUAACUUAUUACAACUCCCGAAACAUUGGCCUCAUCCUCACCCACAUCAUCAACAGACUCUACAAGGAUGGCUACAUUCACAUCGGCUCCUUCUCUUUCUCUGUGCUGUCAGGAAAGGUCAUGUUCAGAGAUGUUUACUACAUCAACCAAGACAUGUCGAUCAGGAUACAGGAUGGCUUUCUCAUAUUCCGCUGGUGGAAAAUGUAUAACCCCAAGCAGAAACAGCAUGACCCCAAGGCGGAGACCAGGCUUUAUGUGACAGUGAACGGUUUUGAGUUCCAUGUCUACAAUCGGACUGAUCUUUAUGCCCACCUACAAGAGACGUUUGGCCUGGAGCCGACACUUAGCAGACUCAAGAAAGAAGAUGACCAUGAAGAGGAGGGGAAAAAACAGACCCUGGAACGUGUGAACAUUCAAACAGAGAAUUCAGACCCCACGUCAUCUUGGCGCUCCCUGAUCCCUGUUAUCAAAGUUAACAUAAGUACGGGUCGGCUGGCAUUUGGGAAUCACCAUCUUCCACAGACGCUGUGCUUAAACUUUGAAGAUGCCUUCCUGACCUAUGCCACCAAGCCUCCUUCCAGCCACCUGGACCAAUACAUGCACAUUGUAAAGGGCUCGCUGGAGAACGUGCGAGUCAUGCUGGUUCCUAGCCCACGCUAUGUUGGCAUGCAGACUGAUGAACCUCCCAGGCUGAUGGGCGAAGGCUUUGUGGUCAUGCAGUCCAAUGAUGUAGACAUCUACUACUACCAAGAUGAGCCUGGUGUGGUACCAAUGGAGCACGAGAGCGGUGAGGAAGCCGAGACACCCAGUGAGGAUGAUAAGCUCCAGGACCUUCCUCCAUGCUGGGGUCUUGACAUUGUGUGUGGAAAAGGAACCGAUUUCAACUAUGGUCCCUGGGCGGAUCGCCAGAGGGAUUGUCUCUGGAAGUUCUUCUUGCCGGCGGACUAUCAGGACAUGAAGGUGACUGAAAUGGCCGAGCCAGGACAACCGAGGCAGAUCCAGGCCUUUGAGCUCCGUAUGAACAUCAUUGCUGAUGCUACCAUUGACCUACUUUUUACCAAAAACAGGGAAACCAAUGCCAUCCAUGUGAAUGUAGGUGCAGGUUCUUACCUGGAAGUCAACAUCCCCAUGACCGUUGGAGAGACUGGCUAUUUGCCCACCAUCAAAGGGCAGCUGCUUCAUGUUGACACCACCAGCAGUAUGCAGUACAGGACUCUCCUUGAGGCUGAGAUGUUAGCUUUUCAUGUGAUUGCCAGCUACCCCCGAGUAUGGAACAUGCCGCAGUCUUGGCAGUGUGAGAUUGAGGUGUACAAGGCCACCUACCAUUUCAUCUAUGCCCAGAAAAACUUUUUCACUGAUUUGAUUCAAGACUGGGCCAGUGACAACGCUCCAGACAUUUACUCCUUUGUUCCUUAUUCCUGGACUUUCAAAAUGCUUUUUCAUCAGUUUGAGAUGAUCUGGGCGGCAAAUCAGCACAACUGGAUUGACUGCUCCACCAAGCAGCAGGAGAAUGUCUACCUGGCAGCUUGUGGUGAGACGCUGAAUAUCGACUUCAUUUUGCCUUUCAAUGAGUUUGUUCCAACAACCUGCCAUACCCGAUUCAGUUUGAAGGCAGAGGAUACAGACAUGCGACUGUCCUUGCCUGAGUGCCACCCUAGCCGCUACCCCCUCCUAACCCUUGCCAAAGAUUACCAGAAUGUCAAGCUGCCCCCAUACAUGUUCACGCCAGGGGAAAAUCAAAGUGCCCCGCCGCCAAAACCCAACAAGUCCCGGUGGAGGAAUAUCACCAACGCAGAAGCUGGCUGGGUUGACUGCUGGAGUGUACCGAACUUCUUGCUCAUCAUUGACUACACAUGGCAUCCCAUAUAUCCCCAGAAAGCUGAUGAACAACUCAAACAGUCAUUUUCUGAAAUGGAAGAAACAAUGCUGUCAGCUUUACGGCCCCCGGAGCACACUUCGGUACACCAUAGUCACCCAUACUACACUUCUGCCUCAGUCGGCCACAGCCGGAUUCCAACCGACCCCUCGGAUCUUCCACCUGAUAGACUUCAUGUUGAGAUGGAAAUGUCUCCGGAUUCUCAAAUUAUCCUUUAUGGUCCUUUACUUCGGGCUUUGAUUUCCAUCAAGGAGAAUUACUUUGGUGAAGAUGACAUGUAUACUGACUUUGAAGAGACAGUGUCAAGUCCGGUUUUGUCCACUUCCUCAUCUGGCCUCGGAUGGUCCCCUCUUGGAAUGGAAGACAGCAGACAUAAGGAAACUUCAGACAUCCAUCCGUUGGACCUGCGACCUUGGAAUAUAACCGUGCUCAUAAAUCUCUACAAAGUCCAUGGUCGACUGCCUAUGCACUGUAGCAGCGAGGGGCCAGAAGGACCAUCUGGAUUCUUGGAACGGUUAUGUUUUGAAAUGAAAAAGGGUUACAAGGAGACCAUGCUUCAGUUGCUGCUGUCACCUAUUCACAUCUUUAUCAGUGACAACUACCAGCGUCCCUCGGUGGACGGGGUGUUGAGGGAUGGCCACCUAAGCCUUUCGGGCCUGCAGAUGAGGGCACAUGCCAUGUUCUCUGCGCAGGGGCUCCCACUAGGAAGUGACACCCUUGAAUACGCCUGGCUCAUCGAUAUGCAGGCAGGGGCUCUGACUGGGAGGGUGACUGUUCCACAGGUGGCCAGUAUGACAGAAUGGGGGGAGUAUUUUGUUUUCCAUGUGAUGUCCCGCGAGUUCCAGCUUGAACAACCAAAGCCCUCUGUCAUCUGCCAGCAUGGCGUUGACCGUCGCAUCUGCGAUGCUAAGUUAACCUGCAUGCCGGGUCACUGUCGAACAUCAGAGGAGCUCAAGUACACCAUGACGAGACUGGCCAUGGAGGGAGUGGACCUUUUCAUUGUUGAACAUGGCUGUGCUGCUAAUAUCAAAACGGGUAUUGUACGUGUGGCCAACUGCAACCUGCAUAACCAGGCAGUGGGUGAGGGGAUCAGUGCUGUGGUGCAGGACCUAAACAUCCAGCAGUACAUUGAGCAACAGCAGCACAGUGACAUGAGCAGGCUGCUGCCGGCCGGGCAGGGGCUAGUCCCAGGUCAGCCACCAAGUCUCUGCCAGCCAGCAGUGAUGCGACGCUCUGUCUGGCUGGAGGCGGGUUCGAUCAACCUGAACCUCAUUACGGCAGACAUUGCCCUGGCCGCUGACCACUCAGCCAAAUGUGAAGUGCAGAGGCAAUUUCUAGAACUACACGACAUGCAGACCAAAAGACUCUGGUUCCUGUGGCCUGAAGAGGUUGGCAUUCGAAACAAGCGCAGCCGUAAUCGCUGUGGCUGCCUUGGAGGCUGCAGGUUCUUUGGAGGAACUAACAUGGGCUUUGACUUUUUCAAACUGGAAGAGUUUACUCCGUCCUCCUCAUCUGCAUUCACUUCUUCUAGUACUGAACCUGAUAUGUGUUAUGGUCAAUCUUUGCUUCAACCUGGAGAGUGGAUUAUGACCAAGGAAACACCCAAAGUGGAUGGAAGGCCUGUUGGACUGAAAACAGAUACGCACUCUCCUUGCCUACCUCCUGAGGUGCCUGAGAGGCGAGGUCAGCAGCACCUUAGUCUUCAGGUACCCCAACGCUCUCAGAGCUCUGCCUCCUCCUCUGAGGAGAAUAGUUCCUCCAGUGCGGCUUUGCCCCUGCUGGCUGGAGAAAGGGACAGUCCCUCGCCAAGCGUCGAACAACGCAUGUUCCCUGUGAAUGGCAAAAGUUCUGUCGACACUUUCCGGGAUAUUCCAGAGGGCUCGCCCAUUUCACCAAACAACUCCCAGGAACGCACCUCUGUGCGUUCACCCCUGUGCUCUCCCCUCAAGCGCCAAUCCUCAGUGCACUCUAGUCGAUUAGGCAGCACCAAGAGCCUGUCAGCUGCUGUUUUCAAUGACAGGCCUCCCCCAGUGCUGUCUGGAGGUGUUCAGUUCAGUGGUGAUGUUUCCCGAAGUGACGAGAACGUCCUGGAUUCACCACGUCAGCGUCGAAGCUAUGGCUCUUUCCCCUUCACACCCUCAGCAGAUUCCAACACCUUCCAUCAGUACCGAUCAGCCGACUCCAGCAUGUCGGUGGCUGACAGCGAAGCUUACUUCUCUGCCGCUGAAGACUUUGAGCCGAUUAGCAGUGCGGAUGAGGGUCCAGGAACCUAUCCGGGACGGAAAAAGAGGAGAAGGCAACAGAUGCAGCAACCACCCCAACCGCCUUAUUACAUGGAGAACUACAGUCGGAGCUCCAUCUACCACAGUGUUGAAGGUCCUCUCACUUACGUCCUCAACGGGGAGCUGAUCACUGAGCCUCGUCCUCUGCCUCUACCACCAAUGCUGCCCCCAUUGCCUUCCCAGCCUCUGCCAAGCCACAUAUCUCAGGCCUCCUUUGUAUCUGCUCUUGCCAUGGAGGAAGAGAGCUCAGUGGAGGCUGAAAAGACCUCAGAGCCUGGCCCAGUAACGAGACAGCCCCACGUGAUGGCGUGCUACCAGAACUACCUAGCGCACUAUCAGGUGUCCAAUUGGUCUGUCAAGCAGCCCACAAAUAAGAGGACCUCUAAGUCGUCUCUACACCGUCCCUUAGAUCUUGACACGCCUACAAGUGAAGAAAGCUCAGCCUCCUUUGACCAGCUCUCUGUUCCAAGCUUUAAGGUGAUAAAACACGGCCUCUCAGCCAGUUCUCUGUUAGAUAGAGGCCUUCAGCUGAUGGGAGAUAACAACAGUACGCCGUAUACUCCCCUGGAUAAAAGAGCUAUGGAGAAUACUGAUGAGGACACGACAACGGAUGACUGGUCUCUGGAGCAGCCUUUAGCUCAGACCAGGACCACAGCCAUAGUGGAGGUGAAGGGGCCCAUCAAUGUGGUGCUUACACCCCUCGUGGCUGAAUGCCUGGACAGGUACAUCGAGUCCAUGGUCCACUUUGCCAGUAUUCGUCAUCCUGCAGCCAUUCUAGAUGACCUGCAUGGGAAAGUUCUCAAUGAGGCUUAUCAGAUCAGCAAAUCUACAGUUACUGAAUCUAGCCAAGCAUUCAAACAGGAGCACAAGCUUUCCAGGAAUGAGGGCACGACCCACGGCUCCCUCAAUAUCUCCCAUGGACAGACGGACCUGUCUGUCAAACCAGAUAAUGUGAAAAUCAAGGGCCUCCAAGCUAAUGUCUCCAUCCCGAAGGUGAACCUUUGUCUCCUUCAGGCUUCGGUAGAGGAGGGUUUUCCAUCCUGCUCCAGUAAGUGUGUCACCCAUGUGUCUCUUGUGGCGCUGUGCUUUGACAGGAUUGCCACCCAGUUCAGGAUGAAUAGGGGAAUUGUUGAAGAAACCCCCAACACCACAGAACAUGGGCGACCCUCUGUUAUGUUGGAGAAGUAUGCUGCUGCCACUAAGAUGCAGCCUCAGUCAUCUGGCUCAUUACGUUCUAACGCUGGCAUUGAGAAAGGCAAAGAAAUAGCCGCAAGGCUCAACAUCCACCGUAUCCAUAGUCAGCUUCGAGGCCUUGACUCCACAGAUAUUGGCACCUGUGCCAUCACAGCCAUCCCUAUUGAGAAGUCCAAAGUGCUGUUUGGCCUUGACGAAACUGAGGAAUUUGCUCUUGUCGACGAGACAGACAUUCAUGGCAGCUCUGGUGACCUCAAUCGUUCUGCCACUUCUCUUGAGAAAUGGGGCUGGAUCAUGUUUGAAUGUGGCAUCGAGAACCUGACAGUCAAAGGUGGUCGUCAAUCAGGAGCCAUUCUUUACAACACAUUUGGCGUGAUGGGCUGCUCAGAUACUGGUGGGAAAGCAGAAAUCCCUAAGUCCAAUGGGUCGACAGGUUCUCAGACUGGGAGUGGUUACAGCACUGAUGUGUCUGAUGACAACUUACCACGUGAUAUGCUUAGCCCCCCCUCUGAUGUCAAUGGCCACUCUGACUCGGAUGAUCAGGAUGAAGGGGUUGAGUCAGACGACCUAAAGAAAGACCUUCCACUCAUGCCUCCACCGCCCGACUCCAGCAGCAUGAAACUGACAAUCCGUGAGAUUUGGUUCAGUUUUGCUGCUCCCACCAAUGUGCGAUCGCCUUCACAGGCGAUCUCUAGGCAGUUGAAUCUGCUCAGCACUGCCACUCCAGCCAUCGGAGCCUGGCUAGUGCCCAUCGACCAGCUCAAAUCUUCUCUUCGCAAACUGGACAUGGAGGGCACGCUUCGCGUUUGUGCCGUCAUGGGCUGCAUUAUGACAGAGGCUCUUGAAAAAAAGAGCAUCCACAUCCCAAUCCGAAGCAAGUACAAUCGCGUGACCAAGCGAGCACACUACUUGCAUGAGAAUCCCUCAUGUAUGCUUUGCAACAUUCUUCACCGCUAUCUGCAACAGGCAGACUAUUCUGUCAUCGAGGAGGCUACCAUGAAUGAUGGAGUCCCGGCCUUAGUGACUCUUAAAAAGGGUCUUGUGGCUUUGGCUCGACAGUGGAUGAAAUUCAUUGUGGUUACUCAGGGAUUCAAAGCCAUUGGUCUGAUGAGGCCCAAUCAGCUUACUAAACCGAAGGAACCUCAGCAAAAUCUGGUUGAGACGAUCCUGGGCUUGGACAACGGUGCAGCACUGCAAAGUGACACAAGUGGAGAUGGAGCUGAAUUUGAAUAUGAUGCAGCCACAGUGAGUGAACACACCAUGCUACUGGAGGCAGCGUGCAGUCGUCCACCACCAAAAGAGGGAAACUCUGGUCCUGUCAGUGGAGUGGAGAUCAUGAGGAAACUCUCCAAGUCUCAUACACACAGCGAGUCUGCACUGCGCAUAAAGGGCUCCCAUCCGUAUCAGUCUCUGAGUUACACCAGCGGCGACACAGCUGCUGACUCACCAGCACAUGUGAGCCGAGCAGGCCUGCCAGUCAAGGACAGCCCCAGAAAAGAGAGUCUUCUGAGCAAUUUAACGGGAAGCUUUCGCAGUCUGCACAACCUGCUAGAGGGGACGCCGCAGAGGAAUGAGCCAUCAUUUGCCACCGCAGCCAAGACUGGUUCCCUUACUCGUACAGGGACAGAUGUGCUGACAGAGCACCCACUGCUAUCCGAGCCAUCUCCCGUUAGCUUUUACAACUGGAUGUCCAAUGCUGUGGGGAACAGGGGUGGGGCUGUAGUCCAGGACUCCCCAGUUAACCGCUCGCAGCACAAUAGUCUCCAAACAGUUUCUCUCGACCCAUUGGAUUCUCCAGGCAUUCACUUCCAAUACCAGCCACUACAAAGAGAUAACAGCCCCGAAGGAGGUGGGACAUGUAACCUACCGACUAUCCCGUCUGCGUCGGACUUCAUCACAGUGCUGUCCAGUGACCAGAACACCUUGGACGGCCACUCUCAGCAUUCCCAGCAUAGCACUAGCCAGGAUGAGAUUGCUGAUAUUGAAGAGGGGAACCUAUGUCCUGCUGCGGUUCAACUAGCUGAUGCUCAGGUUGUUUUCAAGCCGUUGCUGAACUAUACUGGCAUCCAAGCCCAAGACACCACCCCUCUCAGCUACAAGAUGUAUUUUGGAGAACAUUUGUCUUUUUCUGGCAACUUGGAGUGUCUGAGAGCAGACAUUGUUGACUCCGACACCUCCAAAGAGCGCAAAACCAAAAGAUCUAGAAGACAAGGCAUGGUGAACCUGCCGCCACUUGAUUUCAAGCCAGCUCUUCUGAUUGAGACUUUCAGCUUGAAUGCAGUCGUAAUGGAGAAGUCAACCAGUGCGCCACAAGGCUCCACUACAGUCCCACUGUCCUUCCACGACCUCAACCGCCGCCACUACAACACAUUCCACUGCGACUUCACAACAGCCUGCCAGGCCAUUAGCCAACGUGUCGACAUGGCUCUCGUGCGCCUUAUUCACCAGUUCAGCACCAUGAUUGAUGACAUUAAAGCCACUCAAACAGACAUUAAGCUAAACCGUUAUACUGCAGGCUCUGCUUCACCAACACCAACCUUCAAGGCGCGACCAUACCGCCACUUCAGGUCAUCUGACUUUAGCCGGAGCUCACGUGGCAGCAUCAAUGGAACAGCACGCUGUGCCACACAAACUCUGAAGAGCAAGAGAGGUUUGGGUGGUGGAGGUGUAGGGGUUAUUGGGGGUUUGCCACUCAAUGGACCGCCAUCAGCCAUGGACACGCAAGGAAGAAGAGAGCACAGAGGACGUGGUUCGCUUGGACGUUCAGAGCGUCGCACCUCGAAGGUGUCAAGAAAAGGUUCCCGUGAUGUGACGGACCACACAGCAAUCCAGAUGGAUGACUCUGACUCUAUCACAGUGUCAGAGCAGAGCGAGCCGUCAGCAGAAUGUUGGCAGAACAUGUACAAGCUGCUCAACUUCUACUCGCUUAUCUCAGAUCCCACAGGCAUCUUGGAGAAAGCUUCUGCAGAGAACUACUUGCCAGAGGGUGGGCGUCGGCCAUCAGAGCCACUGUGUAAUGUGAUCUAUGAGAAUGAACAGCAAGAACCCACGCCCCCCAGACCCCAUCCUGCAGCCUGCCGGCGGCGUAGCCUGGUGAGCUCUGAUCCCCAGCACGUCACGCUCAUAGUGUUUGGCAUCGGUAUGGUGAACCGCACCCACCUGGAGGCCGACAUUGGUGGACUCACCAUGGAGGCAGAACUGAAGAAGAUACAUGGAAGUUUUACCCUCAAGGAGAAGAUGAAAGAUAUCCUACAUCAGAAAAUGACUGAGACCUGUGCAUCAGCUCAUAUUGGAGGGGUGAACAUUGUUCUGCUAGAGGGCAUAACACCAGACAUUCAACUGGAGGAUUUUCCAACUUCUCCCACCAGCACAGCAAAACAAGAGUUUCUAACUGUGGUUAAGUGCAACAUCGCCAAGUCUCAGGCCUUUUACAGCGCCCAGCGUGGACUGAAAACUAAUAAUGCUGCGGUCUUCAAAGUGGGAGCCAUCAUGAUCAACAUCCCCCAGCACCCAGCCACUUUACACAGCAUGAUGGUCCGCAGCUCCCAUCAGCUGUCCAAACAGAUCUCUGACCUCAUCCGACAGCCAUCUAUUGUUCAACCCCCUAAUAGGGAGGAUACGCCCACACCACAGCCCUCUGACAAAGGUUCCAGCAUCAAUCAGACACCCGUUGAGGCCAAUGAAUUCCCUCAGCUUCCAGAAGGCCUCGAAAAGAAGCCCAUCGUGCUCAAGUUCAGCGCCAUGAUUGAUGGCAUCACUAUUGGUGCUGCCCUGCUGCCCUCACUGAAAGCAGAGUACAAAAUGGGCCGCAUGAAAAGCCAUGGCAUGACAGGAGCCCAAACCAGCUUCACCUUUGAAUUGCCAAACCACAAGCUAUGCUUUCAAUCAAAAGUGUCUCCUGUGGACAUGUCCACCAUGCCACCUACAGCGAGCCUCACCUUGCCACCCGUCACUAUGUCUGGAGAGUACAUCAUGGAGGACCACGAUAGUCAUUCCGACCAGGGUUGGGGCGCUGAUGACUUCCCUGCAAAGCAAGGGAACUAUCUCCAAGGCAACUACCUGCGCUGUGUGGCUGAGGUUGGCUCCUUUGAACAUAACCUGACCACUGAUCUACUAAACCACCUGGUUUUCCUGCAGAAGGUCUUUAUGAAGGAGGUCAAUGAGGUCAUCCAGAAGGUGUCAGGGGUCGAACAGCCCAUCCCACUGUGGAAUGAGCAUGACACCUCAACCGAUGCAGACAAGCCCAAAAUCCUGCUGUACUCACUGAGUCUCAUGUUCAAGGGAAUCCAGAUGACCGCCACCACCCCGUCAAUGAGAGCGGUCCGCUUUGAGACCGGCUUGAUUGAGCUCGAGUUAUCCAACAGGAUCCAAUGUAAGGCUCAGCCUGGUGGCAGCAGCAGUUACCUGAAACUUUUUGGCAAGUGUCAAGUUGAUCUCCACCUGGCCCUUGGUCAAAUAGUCAAGCACCAGGUGUAUGAAGAGGCUGGCUCAGACUUCCAUCAGGUAGCAUACUUUCGAACCCGAAUUGGUCUGCGAAAUGCUCUUCAGGAGGAGAUCAGUGCCUCGUCUGACAAGGAGGCUGUUCUCAUCACACUCAACAGGCCUAUUCUUUUCGCCCAGCCAGUGGCGUUUGACAGAGCUGUGCUAUUCUGGCUGAAUUACAAGGCAGCAUAUGACAACUGGAAUGAACAGCGUUUGGCGCUCAACAAAGACAUUCAUGUAGCCACAAAAGAGGUGGUGGACAAGCUGCCAGGUAUUCAACAGACAUCAGCCCAGGCCUUCAGCACCCUCUUCCUUCAACUGACCGUCAAUGACCUGGGCAUCUGUCUGCCCAUUACCAGUGCAUCCCAGAAAGGACAAGCAAACACUGCUGAAGGCACCAACUCUGAAUCUGGGCCCUGCACAUCAAAAGCCCUGCAUAAAAAUGCACGAAAAGCAAACCACAGCAUAGAUUUUGACACCAGCUCUGCUCUGGUCCUGACUAUUGAGAGUACACUGAUCACCGCCUGCUCCUCUGAGUCCUUGGUUAGCAAAGGCCACUUCAAGACUUUCUGCAUCCGCUUUGCAGAAGGCUUUGAGACCUCUUGGGAUGACUGGAAACCUGAGAUCCGUGGAGAUUUAGUCAUGAAUGCUUGUAUAGUCCCUGAUGGCACAUACGAAGUGUGUUCUCGGACCACGGGGCAACCAUCUGCUGGCAACAGCAGUGCUGGUACCUGGACCCUGAAUGUGCUUUGGAAAAUGUGUGGCAUUGAUGUUCACAUGGACCCUAACAUUGGCAAGCGCCUCAAUGCCCUGGGUAAUACGCUGACAUCAAUGACGGGGGAGGAAGACGUAGAAGACAUCACCGACCUCAACUCUGUCAACAUGGUGGACCUAUCAGAUGAGGAUGAAGAUGACACCAUGUCACCCACCGUCCACAUGAGUCCAGAGAGCCAGUUCAGCCCACGGCUGACGUUAAAGAAACGUCUGGUAAACCGCAUCCUGGGCCUCAGCCCCAGGCCCCAGAGUGUAUCAGUCCCAGCAGACUACUUAAACUGUCCAUCUCCCCGCCUUCGAGCGGACAGUACCCGGGCCCAAAGACCUCUCUCCUGGGCUUGUGAGGCAGUUGAUCCCAGAAGGCAGAUGGUCAUGGGAAACCAGUUGAUUGACGCACGUGGUCGAAAGUUUAUCAAGAGGGUGGUGGACAUCAGAGAGCUGAACGAACAGGCCAAAGUCAUCGAUGACCUCAAAAAAUUGGGAGCAAGUGAGGGCACUAUCAACCAGGAGAUUCAGCGUUAUCAACAGCUGGAGUCUGUGGCUGUCAAUGACAUCAGGAGAGAUGUCAGGAAAAAGCUCCGUCGCUCUAGUAUGAGGGCGGCCUCACUAAAGGAUAAGUGGGGUCUUGGCUACAAACCAAGCUAUAACCGUUCCAAAAGCAUCUCAGCAGCCGCCGGACGACCGCCUGUUAAAAGGAUGGACAGACAGAGUUCUAGAAUAGAUGUGGAUGACUUCCCUGAUGUGCGUUUGGAUGUGUUCUCUCCCGGACCGCGGGUGACUUUCAACAUUCAGGAUACGGCUUUGGAAUCUGCAAUUGCACCUGUCAGUCCAGAAGAUGUAUUCAAGUUUCCUGAGGAGUCAGAGAUGGACCUGUUGUCAGUCACCAUUGAUGAGCCAUCCCAUCCUCAUGAUCAGCACCAUCUUCAUUCUUUAUCCAUGAUUGGAGACCAGAGCUCAGUUUUCAGUGCUCCUUGCACGCCUGCUGUUCUCUCACCCACGAUUCCCUUCCAGCACGAUGAUAUGCAGCGAGAUGACCUGUCCUCGUCUUCCUCUGAAGACUCGGAAAAGGAGGAUGAGUUUGAACGCGAGAGACCCCAUAGCUAUCGAAGGCCUUUCCAAGCUUCCCACAGGAAGUCAUCGGGCUUUUCAGCUGUGAGUCAGUUGUUCAGCGAACGUUGGCCGAGUACACCUGCCAAUCGGAGCUUCGGCGGCCCAACGACAGAAAGAAACAUCGACUUUGAACUGGAUGUCCGUGUAGAAAUAGACAGUGGGAAAUGUGUUCUUCAUCAGAGUACGCAGCAACCUGAGCAUGAAGAGAUUUCACUCAGGAGGAGUUGUGAUCGCAGCCUCAGAAGUCUAGACCAGGAGUCGCCUCCAAAGAAGAAAAAAAUGCAGCCCACAUACACAUCCACGACCCAUCUUCUCACUGGAAAGAAAUGUCCCUCUUCACUGCAGACCAAAUCGAAUGACCUUGAAACCACAGUUUUCUACAUUCCAGGAGUGGACGUAAAGUUGCACUAUAACUCCAAGACCCUGAAGACUGAAUCCCCUAAUGCCUCACGUGGAUCCUCGCUUCCGCGCACACUCUCCAAAGAGUCAAAGCUGUAUGGUAUGAAAGAUAAUGGUCCUCCCAAUGCUGUCCAAAGACAGACUAACUCGCUCCUACCUCCCCCGCUCCCACCUAUCCCAUCAGCCAAAGGUAAAAGCAGCGGUGGGGUGAAAACGGCCAAGCUGUAUGCCUGGGUGGCCCUCCAGACUCUGCCAGAGGAAAUGGUCAUCAGCCCUUGUCUUCUUGAUUUUUUGGAAAAAGCACUGGAAACCAUUCCUAUCACACCAGUGGAACGAAGCUAUGCAGCUAUGGCUGCCCAGGAAGAGGACAUGGGUCAGUUUGAGACAGUGGAGCCACUUGAGGAAUCAGCCACUUCCCUGGUGUCUGCUUCGACGUCGGCAUAUUCUUCUUUUCCUGUGGAUGUGGUCGUCUAUGUCAGAGUUCAGCCUUCUCAGAUACGCUUCAGCUGCCUGCCCAUGUCCAGAGUUGAAUGUAUGCUCAAACUGCCAUCAUUAGACCUGGUUUUCUCAUCCAACCGCGGUGAAUUAGAGACCCCUACUGGGGCUCAUCCCAGUGAUGGGUCACACCCACCCUCCUCCACUCCACCUGGGCAGCACAUGCCCAAACUACCUCCCAGCAAAGCCUCUCCAUUACUGGGGAGCCCCCUGGGUAGAAGCCGCCACAGCAGUAGCCAGUCGGACCUCACUGGGGGACCGAGUAACUCCUCAGGUCUCAGCUUCACUGCCUGCAUGUCUGACUUCUCACUCUACGUGUUCCACCCCUACGGCGCCGGAAAACAGAAAUCUGCUGUCACAGGCCUGCCCCCAGGCCCAAGCCCAUUAGGUGCAGUUGAUGAGGAGCCUGCAUCUGUGACAGGAAGAAAGGACUCUCUGAGCAUAAACCUGGAGUUUGUUAAAGUCAGCUUAUCAAGGAUGAGACGCACAGGAGGUCCGACCUUUAUUGAAAGCUUCAUUCCUGGUAAAGGUGGCAAAAUGGACACCACUCUUAUCAAUAUCUCAGCUGUUUGUGAUAUUGGCUCAGCUUCAUUCAAGUAUGACAUGAGACGAUUGAGUGAGAUUCUGGCCUUCCCAAGAGCCUGGUACCGCCGAAGUAUUGCCAGACGUCUUUUUCUUGGAGACCAGACCAUCAACCUUCCAGCCUCUGGCCCUGCCACCCCCGACUCGUCUGAAAAUAUGACUCAGCAUCUGUCUCCCGAGUCCAGCCGCAAAGCUUACUGGAGGACCUGGGAUGGCAGCACCGGGACACACAUGCCUCAGUCCCCCAAUGUUUUCUCCGAGCACACCACAGGAAGCACCAUGUCCCCAGGCGGCCUUGGCCACCUUAAGUCCCCUGCACCCGGACGAACCAGAAGUGUGUCGGAUUCAUCUGCACCAAGAAGAGAUUCAGUGACAAAAACAUCCACUCCCUCAUUUAGUAAAAAUGGAAAGGCAGCAGGGCAGCAGGGGGCGCCAUGGGAGACACUUGUGGUGUUUGCCAUCAACUUGAAACAACUCACCGUUCAAAUGAACAUGAGCAACGUCAUGGGAAAUAACACCUGGACGACCAGUGGUCUGAAGAGCCAAGGGCGGCUAUCUGUGGGUAGCAACCGCGAUCGAGAGAUCAGCAUGUCUGUCGGCCUGGGACGCUCCAAGCUCGACUCCAAGGGCGGUGUAGUGGGUGGCAAUAUAGACGUGAACACCCUAGAGAUGGUCUCACACAUCUCUGAGCACCCAAACCAGCAACCAAGCCACAAGAUUCAGAUCACCAUGGGCUCCACCGAGGCACGGGUUGAUUACAUGGGCUCCAGCAUCCUGAUGGGAGUUUUUAGCAAUGCCGACCUGCAGCUCCAAGAUGAGUGGAAAGUCAACCUGUGCACUGUUGAUUCCAGCAUAUCGGAGAAAAGUGAGAUCUUUAUCCAUGGGGACUUGCAGUGGGACAUUUUCCAGGUGAUCAUUUCCCGCUCCACCACACCGGACCUAAUCAAGAUCGGCAUGAAGCUGCAGGAGUUUUUCACUCAGCAAUUUGAUACCAGCAAGCGGGCCCUCUCCACGUGGGGCCCUGGUCCCUAUCUGCCUCCAAAAACCCCAGUUGUCAACGCAGAGAAAGGAGCGGCAGAGCUGUACAUGGAUGCCGCGCAUCACCGUCACUGGCCCGGGGUGCUGAAGGUCAUCGCGGGUUGCCACAUAUCCCUCUUCCAGAUGCCUCUGCCCGAAGACGCUGUCCAAUUGGGUGGCUCCAUGAGCCUCCAUGGCAAUCACAUGACCCUGGCCUGUUUCCACGGCCCUAACUUCCGAUCCAAGUCGUGGGCUCUCUUCCACCUGGAAGAGCCCAAUAUCGCCUUCUGGACGGAGGCACAGAAAAUACUGGAGGAUGGUUCCAAAGACGAUUCCACAUACAUUGUUCAAACACUGGACUUCCAUCUCGGUCACAACACAAUGGUGACCAAGCCCUGUGGUGCCCUGGAAAGCCCGAUGGCCACCAUUACCAAGAUAACCCGGCGGCGGCACGAAAACCCUCCACAUGGAGUCGCCACGGUGAAAGAAUGGUUUAACUACGUCACCGCCAUGAGGAAUGAAGAGUUGAACUUGCUAAGGAAUGUGGAAGCGAACAACCCAGAGAGUGGAGCUGCUGCCAAAAGCUCCAGUUUGCUGAGUAGCUUCCGCAGCAACUCCAGCUACAACCACGAGACUGAGACCAUCUUUGCCCUUCCCAGAAUGCAACUGGACUUCAAGUCCAUCCAUGUACAAGAUCCUGAUGAGCCUUCUCUGUCAGAUUCCAACAGCAAACCAAAGGUAGAGUGCAGCGUGGUGACAGAGUUCACAGACCACAUCUGCGUGACUAUGGAUGCCGAGCUCAUCAUGUUUCUUCACGACAUGGUGUCUGCCUACCUCAAAGAGAAAGAGAAAGCCCUUUUCUUCCCACGGAUGUUUGUGGCUCGGCCAGGCCAGAAGAGCCCCACGGCCGUGCACGAUAACGGCUCCACAGACAGGGACAAAGACGACGGCAUCAACUACACGACAGUGGACUGGAGGGAGUUCAUGUGCAAUACCUGGCACUUGGAGCCCACUCUCAGGCUCAUCUCCUGGACGGGCCGCAAGAUCGACCCAGUGGGAGUGGACUACAUCUUACAAAAACUGGGCUUCCACCACGCCAGGACUACCAUUCCCAAGUGGCUCCAGAGGGGCGUGAUGGACCCACUGGACAAGGUGCUGUCGGUGCUCAUCAAGAAGCUCGGCACAGCCCUGCAGGAUGAGAAGGACAAGAAAGGCCGAGAGAAAGAGGAGCACUAGCGCCGCACCGGACGCCAACACUGGAUGGCCGUUUUUCCUUCCGUUCUUUUCCAACGUGGCUGAGUUGAGCAUGGCUGUUGGCUGCUGUGCGUCACCAGCGGCAGCUGUGACUUAGGCUUUUGCAAGGAUGUCAUCAACGCGGAUCCUCUUUUGGAAAAGAGCAGCAAUUAGCAUCGUAUAUUUUGGUUGCUUUAAUGGUUCCAACCCAGCCUUCUGACAUGAUACCAUCUGGUCCUUUUGGGAAGGCUUUCCAGUAUUUAACGAGAAAUGAUUUCUUCAAACAUUGCCUUUUCUUUGUUUCCCUAUGGAACACAUGGUAAAUGAUGCUUUAUUGUCUUUAUUUUAUGUUGGGUUUAAUCGUUUGGAUUUUUGUUUUCCCCUUGAUGUGAACAAAAUGAGCACUGGGCGAUUCGGGCAUGAUCUGUCUUCAGGACAUCAGGGAAUCUGUUAUUAUUAUUAUUAUUUAUGGAUAUGUGAAAUGGAAAUCUUGUAACAUGAAUUAGCUUGAUGUGUCAAGCUUGUUUUGUUUUUAGUCGGUGUAUAUACCGGUAAUUACAUUUCGUAAAUGUGUUGAUUUCCUAACUUAAUAAAAUAAUGCCAUUGGAUUUUAUAUAA